GACUACAUCUACAGGAAGGGAUUUUGUCCUAUCACCUCACCCUUCUUAUAUACGGUCUAUGACCUCACCUCCAUGCCUCGGUCAGCAGUUAUCAUAUCUUCCGCUAGUUCUCGGAGAAUUAUUUCAUUUAUAUUCCUCGGUUUGGCUGACCUUUUCUAUUUCCUGUAGCUGUGACGUUGCGACUUGUCCCCGUUCUUUGCUGAUUCAACUAGAGCACAGCUAGCGUUAGCUGAGCUUGGAGCUGAGCUUUAGCGGUCCCAGGAAACAUGAACAUGUUGUCCAAAGUAGAAGCCAGAUGGAUUAGUGGAACCCUGAGGACACUUUGGAUACCAUCUGUGGCAGCUCCCAAGGUCGAUUUUUCCACACUUCCUCCAGAACCUGUCAUCCCCUCUAAGAAACCUUUCAAAGUGGAGCUGGUUGGGGGGAAGCGUUACUCCUGGUGCACCUGUGGACACAGCAAGAAACAGCCUCUCUGCGACGGAGCCCACAAAACCAAAGCCCAAGGCUUGUCGCCGCUACGCUUUGUCCCCGAGAAAGACGCCACCGUUUGGUUGUGUGGUUGCAAGUACACCAACAACCCACCUUACUGUGACGGCACGCACAAGCAGGACUUCAUCGUGUCUGCCCCCCUGCAUGAACAAACCGACUCUUGAAAAGGACAGCAGAGCUGUCUUUGAACUGAGCAUUAAUGUUGCUGUUGCCUUCCCACUUAGUACGUCAGUGCUCUCUGGGAAAGCAGCACAUGAUCGACUCGUGGAUCACGACAAGUGUUUGAGUCUUGUGUCUUGUCAGUCUCAUCUCAGUGCUUGACGGAGAAGAGUGGUGACGAAAAGGUUAACAUCAAAAAGCCCUCAACUUCAUUCGUCCUUUCUUUCUGGCUUUUCUAUGGAAGAGACAAUGUUUCAUUAAGAACAGGUCGGACAAUAUGAUGAUAUACUGUGAUGUAAUAGAGAGGGAGAGAUUUUACCAUACUGUUUGUGUGGCUGAAAGAUCUUUGUAUUAGGCCAUUGUGGGCAAUGUUGCAAAUAAUCAGUAUUGGAAGUCCAUAUAAAAAGGUGUUAGACAUGGGGUGUACUGGCUAAGAGGUUGAACAUCUAAAGAAUGGUUUAACAGGAGAAAACUGAAGGUUUGAUAGUGCAGAACAAUAAUCUGUCAG